AUGGCUUCAGAAGGAGAGCUAUCAGUAUCUCGUUUGAUCGAGAGGCUCAUGGAGAUGCCUUUCCUUUCAGGCUUCACAACCACCAGGCCGGAAUCGGAUUCCAGUAACGAUUCCGAACAUCCGGAUCAUGAAUCUACAGACAGUCGUCAUCAUCAGGGUUCGUCACUCGACCGGAUCAUCCUGAUCAACCCGGUGACGCAAGGAAUGGUGGUGAUCGGAGGUGGUGCUACUGCUGGUUUCGAAUCCCUGAUGAACGAUCUGAUGAGGAAGGACGGACAGCCACCGGCGUCUCAAACGUCGAUCGACGCCAUGCCGACUGUGGAGAUAAAAGGUACGGAUGAAAUAGAGAGUUUAGGGGGUGAGUGUGUGAUAUGCUUGGAAGAGUGGGGGGUUGGUGAUGUGGUGAAGGAGAUGCCAUGUAAGCAUAAGUUUCAUGGUGGGUGUGUGGAAAAAUGGUUGAAGAUUCAUGGGUCUUGCCCUGUUUGUAGGCAUAAGAUGCCUGUAGAUGAUUCAGAUAAGAAAAUUGGGGAUGAAAGUGGUGGAAGAAGAAGAGAAAUUUGGGUUACGUUUUCGUUUGCUGAAGCGAGAUCAACAAGUGAAGAAGAAUCAGUAGAAUCAAAUCAGCAGGAAUCAGUGUAG